GGCGCCAAACAGUUACUACAAUCGGGACUUUUAUCAGGGGUUUCGUCGUAUGAAUCCAUGAAAAUCAUGUCUUCAAUACCUUUCUUUGAGACGAUUAUUGACAAAAUGCGCGCAAAUGAACCAAAGCUUAAGGCAAUUAUUGCCAAAUAUAAUCCGGAUCUCUAUAUCAUUGAUGACUUUGCGGGUUCGCCGACACUAAUCCACUCGAAGAAGCCCUGGGUUUUCCUAUUUAGCGGUAAUCCGUUAUUUGUAUUAAAGGACGACAGGACACCGCCCUCCUGUUCCGGCUAUCCGUCGAAUGGUGACCCCUCUGAAUGGGAAGAGUUUAAAGAAUUAGGAAAAGAUUUGUUUACAAAACAAAGCAUAAAAUACAACGAAUGGAUGAGAGAGGAAGGCUUUCCCAUAACUACUAAUAACAAAGCAAUUAUCGACUCCCCGUAUCUCAAUAUCUAUGGCUAUCCCGAAGAACUAAUUUGUUUACAAAACAAAGCAUAA